CGUUGUUUAAGAGUCACUUGGUUUGAAAUGGCAAAGCAAGCGUUUUCUAACUGACGGAAUAGCUGGGGAAACGGACAAGUGUGGUAGACUGCAUAUAGAUAUAAUUAAAGAUGUCCUCAGACGAAGGCGAACCGACCAGUCCUGUUCUGCCCAAGGACUCUGAUGGAGGGAGCUCUGUCUCCUCUGAGCUUCAGGAUGAGUAUGAAGAGCUCCUCCGCUAUGCUGUGGUCACCCCUAAACUUGACAGACCCACCAGUGCUCAGUUGCAGCGGUUAGGCACCUCACAUCUGUCUGCAGGGGGUCGGUGUUCCCAGAGAAAAGAUGACACAAAAUCAACACACCCAGCAGAUGCUGCGACUGAAGCUAAAGAUGGAAGGCAUUCAAGCAGGAGUGUGAGGUCAACACAGGUCUCCCCCUUAAUUGUUGAACCCUCCACACACUCAAGAGCCUCUCAGGUUGAGGAGACGGCAGGUCGGUUGUCUGGCAGGGCGUCAGUGCUCUCUAACGCUGCCUCAGACAGGGGACAAACUGUGUCUGAGGGGUGCAGGUCAAACAGCCCAGACCCCCUCGAGUCUGUUGUGACAGAAAUGUUUGUCUCUGAGGAAAACAUAAGCAAGAUGGAGAACAUUCUUGACACGUGGAGCAACAACCUGAAGUCAAAUGUGCUGACGGAGCUCAGGAAGUGGAAGCUGGCCUUCAUGGAGAAACACAAGCUGGAGAUGAGGAAGGAGAAGGAGAGGCAUGAAGCCCAGAAAGCUGGCCUGAGGUCGGAGAUGGACAGUCUGAAGGGACUUCUACACACCUACGAGACCUCCAACCAGAGGAAAGACCAGGUGAUUACCAACCUGAGCCGGGCGCUGGAUAGACAAAAAGAAAAGCAUGAAAAAAUGAAGGCCUUCACCCACUGGAGACUCAAGCUCGCUGAGGCCAAAGAGGAGGCUCAUGCUGCUCAGGUAGCGCAGCAGCACUACAAUCUGCAGUUGAAGAAAAAGGUGUGGUUCGGCUGGCAGUCCCUGAUCCAGAAACACUGGAAGGUCAAGGUGGACCGGGCUUGUCGUGCACGGGCAGAACAGGUCUGCACCCGCCUGUCUACGGAGUACGAGGCCAAGCUGAGAGAGCACUGCGAGGCUGUAGAGAGGGCUCAGGCAGAGAUUCAGAGACUGCGACUGGAGCGAGAGCGCUACGAAGAGUCUAUGAAGAAAGCCUUCAUGAGGGGCGUGUGUGCUCUCAACAUGGAGGCUCUUGGCAUGUUUCAAACGACAGAGGGACGACUGGAGCAACCGGCUCAUGACCAGCAUGAUAUUCCACCUCCCCAGGAUGAGCCUAGCUCUGCUUCAAUGGCUCAUCUUCCAACAUUUCCCAUCCCUUCGUCCCGGUACAGCCCAGUCCACUUUGACCGCCCGGACCCUUCCCACAGUGAAGCAGAGGAUAUGGUGGGUUCUGGUGCCCCCGUGUCCAGGGCAGAAAUGAUCCCUCCAACUACAGUGGUGCACAGCUCCCUCCCACUAGGGGGCGCUCCGAGUUCCAACAAACAGGGGAGCGGUCGUGUCGUCACAGCCAGUCAACAAAAACCCUUAAAGACUGUAACAGCUCGGAUCACUGCGCGCACUGACGUCGGGAAGGCCGCGCGCAGCAACCUCCAGGUGAUGGGUGUGGCUCCGCCCAUGAGCUCUGUGAUUGUUGAACGCCAUCAUCCCGUCACGCAGCUCACCAUCGGUCAGGCCACGGCUUCUAAGUUCCCCCGUCCCUCCAAACCGGGCCAGAGCACCUCCGCAGGCAGGAGCUCCUCCAGAACACACACCAGCACGUGCCAAGUACACUCCAUCAAAGUGGUUGACUGACCACACACAGGAAGUUUUGCUCACCUAGUGACAUCUUAAAAUGUUACACAUCCUAUGCAACAAUCAUAGAAACAGACAUACAUUUGGAGUGAAUUUGUCCUUAGUGUUUGCAUUUGAAGGUGUUUUCAGCUUCCUCUCAUGAAGGUGUUUCUUUAGCAAUAGGGUUUUCUCUCAGGAAAGUACCACACAGGUGUUUAGAAAUGCACAUGUAAAUGUUUUUACUAAAACCAGCCUGACACAGUGUAGAAUUGCAAAAUGAGCAUUUAUUUUUAUGAAAACUUUUACUCUAAAUUAUGCACAGGGGAGACUGCACUGUAAUGUUUUAAUUGCAUUCUUUAAAUAUUUAUUUUAUUAAUGUUUUCUAUUGAGACCGUCCAGCACCACAGGUUUUCGUUACUAAACCAAAGCCAUAUUUGAUGAUCUAAAUAAAUGAUUUUACUGCUCACUUCCUGUACAGUUGAAAAUGAUGUGAGUCCAUUUGUUGCCGUGUUUAUUCUUCAUUAUGAAAUGCUGCAGCUCUUACUGCUGGAACUCUCUGCCUCCAUCCGAAUCCUAUC